AUGGGGCUUGGACGGAUUCACAAUAGUUCUAGCGAGGAGACUCACUACACUUAUAAAGAUGACACGGACGAAGAAAGGCAAAGGGCAGAGGAGAGAGAGGCAAGACGGCUGGAGAAUGAACGAAAGCAACGCGAGAAAGAGGAGGGGGAGCGUAUAGAAAAAGAAAAGCAACAGGAGGAAGAGAGGCACAGAGAGAAACUCAGGCGACAGCGACAAAAGGAAAGAGAGGAUGAAGAAAAGAUAAGGAAAGAGGACGAACUGAAAAGGCGGGAUUUGGAGGCCGAACUUUGCCGACUUCGGUAUCAGUUGAAAAAUUACACAUUUGGUGACAAGAUAAAACUAGAUAGUUUCCUAGGACUGGAAAUUGAUGAUGUAACCCAGCUCAGGAUCGGUGUGUUUGGCCCCGCCGGUUCAGGCAAGAGUUGCUUCAUCAACACGGUUGAACGAGUGGUGAGACAAACAGACAAAGGUACCCUUCCAGACCAGUCCAGAGGAGGAGAGGGGACCAUUAUACUCCAGGACUACCUGCCAGAGCUAUUCUUUCACUUGGUGGACACCCGGGGUUUCUUCAAAUAUAACUCUAAUGAAAUCAUCGAGUUUCAAAAUGUUCUGAGUGGGAAAAUUCAGCCUGGUGAGAUCAUCGUUCGCCCUAAAAAAGGCCAAGUCAACCAACAAGAAAUGCAUCGGUGCCCAGAAUUUGGACAAAGACUACACGGCGCUAUCAUUGUUUUGAAAGCUAACGACCCAAGACUGAACAAAGGGAAUUUGAGGGACUACUGGAACCCACUUCAAAAUAUCCUGCGUAAAAGUGGUAUUGCACCAAUCACUGUAAUUACUCACUGCGACCAACUGAACGGUGAGGAAGAGAAGAACAAGGCUUGGGAGGAUGCAUAUGAAGCCACCAAUAGCUCGCCAAGUCAUACAUUCUUGACGUGGAACUACACAAAAAACAACUCUGAACGAAACCCGGAAAUAGAGCGAAUGACAUUCGACAUCUUGCACUAUGCUCUGAUUACCGCAGAAAGAGCUGUGAAGCAAAUGAAGCAUCAGGAGAGAAACAAAAGGGAAGAUGACAUGGUGAGGGCUCUGAAGUGCUUUACAUUCAGUGGACACGUGGCACCUGACUCUGUUGACGCUUCGGUGGAAGUGUUUUUGCGUUUCCUCCAGAAGGAAUAUCUGUGGUCGACAAACAGUAUCAUGACGGCCUCGAGCGAGUUGGCCAAAGAUGACAUAACAAGUGUAAAGUUAUUAGCCAUGAGUUGGAGUGAAGUUCGUCACCAUUUUCCAGCCGGGAUGAGUAGAAUGAUCGAGAAGGAGUUCAGGAAACGAGGCAUGAUCUCAUAAACAAUUGGGUGGUGUCUGGACACGGA